UAGCCUUACUCAGCUAAUGUCAACGAGCCGACUAGCAUUUACUAGCUUUUAACUCCGCUCAGAUUGAGUGCUGAGCAUGCCAGCUAGCUUUUAAAUCAAACUAUUUGCUGUGCCCUGGGUAAUUUGAGAAACGUUACAGCGGGUGAAUGGCUAACCUAUUGGACCGACAGUUGGCCACUGUUGGACCAGAGACCAUGCAAUACGUUAGCUAGGUGGCUAGCUGACGUUGCGUGACAGUUGUCGCUGGUUUGACAUAUCGGGGAUUGACCUUGUGCGCCGGUUUCAACACUCGUUUUUCUAUGGCAAAUACAACUAAAUACUUUCAGAAAUCCGACUGGGUCACCAUGUGUUAUAUAUGCAUUAACCAGUAUGCUUGCAUGGCGAUUCGCGUUGAACAGUAGGCAGAUAUCUACCUUGUUAAUUUCAUCAUGCUUGUGUCCAGUUUAAGAAAGCGAGCCGGCUACACUGGAAUGUUCUGAGCUGCCAUUUCCUGUCGGCCAUGUUAGAAUAUCACUGCGAGCUAAUGCUACAGUUACCCGGCUACUAAAUACUUUCCCCCAACCAAGGCAUUAAAAAAGUAAACAUCAGUGAGGAGGAAGGGGAGAGGAAUCCACAUCUGUCUCAUACUGUUCCUAUAUCACAUCCCCCCAACAACAAUGGUAACAGACAUGCAAGUAAUACAAAUGCGAAGCAGAAAUCAUCCCAAAAGCUGUACACGACUGUUCCAAAAGUGAGCAGCAAAGGACUGGCCCUUAACAAGAAUAUGGACCUUAAAAAUGACAAGGAAAAGGCUCUGGAUUUGAAUCAUCAUGAGAGCCAACCUUUGGAUAAAAAAGACUCUUUGUUGCUUCAAAAUGGCGUUGUAAACUGUGGCUUAAUUACAAAUGGCUAUUCUAGCAAGGACAAUGAUGGCAGCGGCUCUGAGGGUGGAUAUACUACUCCGAAAAAACGCAAGGCCAGAUGUAACAAUGCCAAGAACACUGAUAAUGUGAUAAGAGAAAAGGAAAAAGACAUGCAGCAGGGCAACACUACACAAGAACACGUGGCUUUUAAUAUGGAGACAACUGAGAAGGGAGUGACUUCUAGACUUGAUGGCUUGAGAGCAGCAAAUAAAGUAGAAGCUCAGUCAACAGCUCGACGGGCUGUUGUAUCAGAGGCUUCAAUGGGUGAAUCUCAGAGGAAAAACUCUGAUGGCAAAACAGCUGGCACUUUUGGUAAAAAGAAUGAGGAAAGGCACAAAGCCAAGCUUUCCUCACCUUCAAAAGAGGACUCGUGGACUUUGUUCAAGCCCCCUCCGGUGUUUCCUGUGGACAAUAGCAGUGCAAAAAUUGUUCCCAAGAUCAGUUAUGCAAGUAAAGUGAAAGAGAACCUCAACAAAGUAGCUCAAGGUGGAGGAGAGGCACUGCCUCCUCCGGUUAGACUGUCACAGGUCCCCAUGUCUGCUAUGAAAACUAUCACCUCAGCUAGCUUUACUAAUGGCCCUGUUUCUGGAAACGGAAAUGGCUGCCCAUCAGUGGGUACCUUCUUUGCUCCUGCUGCUAGUAGUAUUCCACCAGCCCCAUCUAUUUCAAGUGGCGAGAAUGUAGCAUCUCCUUUGGAAAGUAACUGUAGCUCUACAACCAGUCCUGUAGAUGGAGAAGCAUACGAGCUUAGAAAGUGUACUCUUUUAAUGUACCCUUUAAAUAUGCAACCUGUGCUCCCUAGUGCUCGUCAUCUCGACCCACCGGCUGCUCAGACAAAUCAGAAAGCCCUGGGAGAUAUCUUCCAGAAUCAGUGGGGGCUUUCCUUCAUCAAUGACCCCAACUUGGGUCCAGAAGGAGGAGGAGGUGGCCAGGUGCCUGCAGCGGACAAGACUACUGUGGUCACACCUCAAAGCGAGUGUCAGGCUGCUGCGGCCAAGGCUGCCCAGCCAUGCUUUGAUGUGAGCCCAUCUUUUUUAGAGCCUGGCACUUUGGCUCAAGACCCAGAGAAAAGGACUUGUGCUCCUUGCAAUGCAUCUAAUGCUUGUUUUCCUGCGUGUGUGAUGAGUGAGGAGGAUAUCAAGCUGCAACCACGUAGCCAGCAGAAGACAAAAGUUGAGGCCAAGGGUGCAGGUUCUGCUGUUUCUGCUGCCGGUAAAGACAACGGUGCUAAGCCUGCACAGGGCCAGCUAACCACUGUGUUGUUUGGCUCAUCCAAACAACAGGCUCCCACUAAAGACAUUGGCAGGAGCUGCAGCUGGGGCUCCUUCGAUAUUAAAGCUGCUGUCACUUAUCACACUAAAGAAAUGGAAUUCCUUUUCAGCCUGCAAAAACAAGAUCCAAAAAGAGUGGUGGUUUAUGAUGAGACCAAGGACGGACCUGAUCAGUGAGGUACUUACAGUACUUACCUUCUUCUCUUCUGGGUGCUGCGAUUAUCUACCUGGAGUCCUGAAUCCUGUUGGACAGAUAAAGUGACAACUGUGAAAACAUUGAUAGUUUAGCAUGACAGAUUUUUCCUUGGAAUCUCCGAUGGAAUAACAGACUUCUUUAGGGGCCUCAGACAAACACACUCUCUGGAGGGACGUUAGGAGUUGAUCGGUGACUCUCCAACACGAUAACUGAGACUUUGGAGCUGUGCUUGUUGUUUGUCUCAUGGCUCUUAAAGGAUGAUGUUUGGGAGUUCAACAAAAGGAAGGUGUCAUGGAUUGCACCUCCCUAAGCCUUUUUCCUGUUGAACUGCGGCAGCCGUCAGUCUGACUUUGGGAUGUCUCAGUCAUUUCUUCUUCACGCAUUCAAAUGAGUUCAUUGUAGAUAUGUUAGACUUUUUACAUACACAUCCGUGUGCAAGCUUGAAUCUACCGUGGAGGAAAAGGAGAACACACUUUGCAAAGAAUGCCUUGAAGUUGUGGAGUUCAGAUCUUUGGAAGCUCAAAGGUGAGGUCCCAUCCAGGAAGAGAACCUUGUCUUAAGUCCUCAAGGCAAAAUCAGAGCCCAGGAAUUUAAACACUUGCUUUUUUCUUUUUCUACUUGUCUGUUUGUCUGCCCUAACAUGAAUGUGUUCUCUGCCCUGCAGUAUGACCCCAGAGCACAGGUACAAGAGUGCCCAAUCUGAAGGAAAGCGACGCCCCUUCAUUUCAUUUUUACACCAGGUCUCUGUUAAAAGCUAAAUAUUUUCAUCUUAAGGCUUCUAGUACAUUUCAUGCAGAUUGAUAUGAGGUCAGGUCCUAAAUUCCGACUCAUUUAAAUAUAUACCUUCUAGUAUGUGAAUCCUUGAUUUAGGAAUGAACUGAGUGAGCAAGAGCUACCAAUGUGCUCUUUGUUCAGCGGCAAGACUCAGGAUGUCCAUACAGAGGUUUUGGGGGUUUUUCUUUCUAUGUCAAAACUGUUCAAUUCCUAUUGUCAAAGGAACAUGUGUUGCAUUUUACGACUGAUUUUUAUUUCUGUUUCUCUGACUCAGCAUCUGGUCUUGUACUUCUCUGCCUUACGGCAUUGUAUUUCUUGCAUGUUUACUGGGGGGAAUGAACGCGUCAGAGGUUCAUCGCCAUACAAAGAUAACAGUAACACAACAACAAUGGCAAUACUAAUCUUGGUUCCCCUCCCCAACUAGCCACUUAGUGUUCAAAUGUGAAGAUGAAUUAUAUUAUGUUUUACUGUUAACAUUUUGACAUUUGCAAACCAGUGUGCAAUAACACCGUGUGAUCCAGACACAGUGUGUAGGGUUAUAUGGAGCUACGUUAUCACCACCCAAAUGCUGGUGGGGUUUGUUAAAAAAAAAAAAAGGUGCGUUUUCAGUUUGUUGCACAAAUCCUAAAGUGGAUUUUGCUAAGGAGCUCACGUUAAAAGAUCUAAUUAAGUCUAGGGAGCCCAAAUUCGCUAACUACUAACUGGCCAGCUGUGACAUCACUCAUCUCCAGAUCACGAUCGCGUUAUCCAACAUGGCAAAGGAACUGUUCAGGUUCCUGUUCUUUAGAACAGUGGUUCCCAACCGGGGGCACGGGGACCCCUAGGGUUACUUGGGGGGGUUUAGGGGGUAUGUAGAAAGAUUAGGGAUUGCAAAAAUAUUUACACGCAUCAAAACAUCAAUUUUCAUAAGCCUUGUGUCCAACCCCCUAACUAUCAAAGCUCAUGAAGGACAAGCAAGCUCAAGUGUCUCAUUACAAUCUCUAGGCUUAACAGAAUAUGUUGAAACUGCUAGAAGUGAAUCUUAACAUUAUUGUUUUUCAUUCAUUGACAUUAAGUGUUGAUGUCGAGUUGAAAUGCUUUUGUAUUAAGGUUGAGUUAUACAAGUCAUUUUCAUGUAAGGAGCAGUUGGGUCGAAUACAAUUUAAAAGAGUUUAACACGAGAAAAAAUGUAGGCGAAUCAUCACAGAUGAGUGUAGGGGGGACACGAGACAACAAAGGUUGGGAACCACUGCUUUAGAAGAUAUGAUUUGGUUAAUGUGUGGAUCAAUAGCACUUUAUGUAAACUAAUUGCUUUUAUCUUUUAAUUACAAGAGAGAUCUAUAUGUAUUGACAAGAAAUACUAGUUGAAAUAAUGGCUCUGGGCUGUUACUUUAAAAAAAACAACAGAAUUAUUAAAUGUAACUCAGGUAGUGUUAAUAAAGCCAUGACUAUGUUAACUAUUGUUUUUUUGCCAAACGGCCCUUGUCAUGUGAUGUACUCAACUUGGAAAUGCUCAAUUGAAGUCCUAUUAUAUAUAGUCUCGUAUGAUGUGUGACAAAACACCAAAUACUCUUGAGGAAAGCUGUCAUGGCGUGCAAGGUGCUCUCGUCGUCAUUUGGGGCUCUAAAAAUAUUUCCUUUUAUUUCCCCCUUUAAAAAAAAAGAAAAAACACACAUUGCUCCACGCGCUGUUUUCUAUGUAUACUAUACUGUAAUCUUGCAAUUUUGAUGGUUCAUUUUUCUCCCAUGUGUGUUCAUAGUGAAGCACCUAUUGAUUUAUUAUUGCUGAGCAUCAGUGGUGUUUCUAUUGGUCGGCUCCAUACUGGGUAUGAGCUUUAAGUACACUUGUUUCCCACUGUGUCCUGAUUUGGCAGCGCUGCAGCUUGUACUCGUGCAGAGCCAGUUGUCUUGACACGUCUUAUCUCAGUCAGCUAUUUAAACAACUUUCUUUUUGGCUUCCAUUGUACGGCAUGUGAUGGAAAAGUACCCUCCGAGUUAUAACAACUGUUGAUAUGAGAAAGCAUGGGCAUUUUGAUUUAAUAUUGCCCAUUAGCAUUUAGACUUGUGUUUUUUUUUCUGUGCUUGUGGAAAUUGACAUUUAAUCCGGCAUUAAGUUACACAAUCCUCACAAUUGAAUUUCUUCUGAUUGUCCAUAACCCAUCAACAAAGCAACACAAUCAGGUUCACAUAUGGUACAUGCCAAAUUGUUCAGGCUGAAAGCAUCAUCCUCCACGGGCAGGGAGGCAUCUGUAGGCUCCUACAUGUAAAACAGGGUGUUUAAAAUGAGUAGUACGUGGUGUUACUGUAGUCUUACGACCUUUUUCUUUCAAAACUAAAAAGAUAUAUUUUGUCUUGCUCUUUGAGAGGAUGGUCCUGUCCAGGGAAAUCAGAGAAUCUCCCAUCCUCCCACCCCAAGGAUGGUCUUUUGAAGCACUUAAUACAGCAACAAGGCUGUUGAAUAUGCAUUUAUUAAGAUGAAGCUAUUAUUUAGCAUUGUAGCCUGCAAACCAAAAACAGGUUCUUGAAGCCAAGUACAUGGUUAAUCAGUGAUGGGGGGGGGGGGGCACGAGUGACUGUUGAGAAAAUAAAGCCUGAUCAUGUGGAGUCUCUAUCUCCGUCCCCUCAGGAUGUGCAAUCACCUCAAGGACUGAUGCAGGCUUCCAGGCUGAGUGAGGAGCUCGGCCUCGUUGUAUUUGUGGGUGUGUGCAUAGCGAGUUCUUCCUAUUAUAUGCAAGUUCCUCAUAUAUUUCAAUCCCCCCCUCCCCCUUUUUUGUUUCAUGUUCAGGUGCCUGUGUGAAAACAUAUAUACUUUUACAGCAAUUUUGAUUGUUUAAAAUCUGCUUCCAGCAUAUAUCCGUGCCAUUUUUUUUGUUUCUUCAUUCUUUUGUAACAUUUGCAAUGCUGUUUUAAGUUUUCUUACAGCUAAUCCUAUAAUUUCUUCUUUCAAGCGACAUGGACGCAGCUGAAAGCAAUGAGAAUUGUAUGUGUUUUGAAAUGUGUAAGCCAAAAUCAGUUUGAAUGGGACGGACGACGAGCUCUCGCUGGCCUAUACUCAUGCCGGUGCAUUUGUCGAGUUCCUGUCUGAAGUAGCACAUCAUUGAUUUAAACUGAUUUAACAAAUUUAUGUUUUAACGUGUUUUUAAAAAAGGUUUUAUUUUUCAGUUAGAACCUAAUUUAUCCAUAGAUGCACAAGUAGGAUGAGACUAAAAGGAAUAAAUGAUACAGAAAAUCAAGAUGUCUCAUUUUUGUGUGAGUUUUAGAUGAUUACGUUACUGAUAAAGACUGACCUAUGUUAUCCCCCAACAAACCGUUAAUGUUAAUAUAUUUGAACUCUUCCAGCAGAUUUUCUACAAAUGACUUUAACUCUUCAGAUAGUUGAGAUGGAGUGAUGAGACUCACUGCAUCCCAGAGUUCCUCUUAAUAUAUUUUGUAUUUGUAGCGAUCAUGUGAGGUAUUAAAGUGCGGUUCAACAACUCUGAAAUCUGCUUUCGCCAAAAGUACACUACUCCGAUAUUCAGCUAGUGAAGGGCAAGCGCACAGACUGGGGACGCAUGUUGAUGAUGUCAUAACAGGCUGGAGUUUAUAGUGAAGAACAGAAGUCACUACUGUAGCAGCUGAAUGUCACUUUGACGGUGUGUGAGAGCAAAAGAUAAAACAAAUACCAGAAGUGCUGCUUCUUCUUCUUCAUCCAGUAAUCAAUCGUCUGUAAUGGGAAAUGCUGGACUUUGGUGUUUGUGCUCUACUUAAAAACGGUCCCAUCUUUAAACUGCCUUUUUGUGGAAAUGUUUUAAUUGAGGGGGCAAGACACCUGAGAGGUAGUGUUUUUGAGUUCACACAUGAAUAAUAAUAAUUAAAAAAAGGGCAACAUGUGUCUACAAGGUGUAGUCAUGAAAAGAGGCGAUGUCAUCUUUUGUUCUGUGUCAUCUCAAAUGGCUGUUGUGCGUGUGGAUUUCUUUUUGGUCUGCUCCUCCUUCUUUUCACUUUGACAUCUCUUGCCCCCCUAAAAGAUGAGGCAACAGCAUUUUUCUUUCUCAAAUGUCUUACAAGUCGACAUUUUACGUUUUUUAAGUGAGCAGUCUGUUUAUUUUUUUGUUUGGAAUUUAACAGAAGUGUCACAUUACAAUGUUUUUAGUUUUUUUUAAAGCAUGAUAAUAACCCUCAAAUUCCAAACAAUGUAAUAGAGUCAAUAUACAAAAAAAAACUUCCAGUGUUCACAAUUUUAGUUUCCAUUAAAAUGUCAAAUUUUCAUGAA